AUGGAAAAAAUGGAACUAAAGAUUUCUGGAAAGUUAAAAGUUAUUGGUCUAAGUUUUGUGGAAAAAAAGGGUAUUUCAGAUUGGUUAAAGGAAAGGGUAAAUUUUUUAUUAAUAAUUAUGUUUUAUAUCCUAAAGUUUAAUAAUUAUUUAUAUAUAUAUAUAGUGUUUAAUUUUAAUUUAUUUUAAGUUUUUAUUAUUAUUAUUUAUAAUAUUUUAUAAUUAUUAUAUGUUUAGUUUAAUAAUAUUUUUAAAUAAUAAUAAUUAUUUAAAAUUAAGAAAAUAUUAUUGUAUUUAUUUAUAAAAUAUCUAAAGUGA